UCCUUGUGCGAUGAAGUCCUGGGCGUGGCGCCCGCACCCGGGCUCCCGGCACGGAACGGGUGCGGGGCUGGGCCUCGGCCGGCCCCGGGGGAGCGAGUGGGGCGGGGCCGCCGCGCCCGCCUUCUCCUCCUCCCGCCGCGCGGGCUCAGAGCGGCGGCAGCAGCGGCCGCGGCGACAUCUCCGGCUCCCGCUCCGGCUCCCGCGCUCCCGGGCCCCGCGCCCCGACCCGCCGCCGCUCCUGCCGGGGCCUCGCGCGCCCCCUCCGAGCUUCACGCUGAAGUUCCUGGCCGUGCUGCUGGCCGCGGGCAUGCUGGCGUUUCUCGGUGCCGUCAUCUGCAUCAUCGCCAGCGUGCCCCUGGCGGCCAGCCCCGCGCGCGCGCUGCCCGGCGGCACCGACAACGCCUCGGCCGCCUCGGCCGCCGGCGCCCCGGGCCCGCAACGCAGCCUGAGCGCCCUGCACGGCGCUGGCGGCUCGGCCGGGCCCUCGGCGUUGCCCGGGGAGCCGGCUGCCAGCGUCUUCCCGCCGCCGACCGGGCCCCUGCUCAGCCGCUUCCUCUGCACGCCGCUGGCCGCCGCCUGCCCGUCGGGGGCCGAGCAGGGGGACGCGGCGGGCGAGCGCGCGGAGCUGCUGCUGCUGCAGAGCACGGCGGAGCAGCUGCGCCAGACGGCGCUGCAGCAGGAGGCGCGCAUCCGCGCAGACCGGGACACCAUCCGCGAGCUCACCGGCAAGCUGGGCCGCUGUGAGAGCGGCCUGCCGCGCGGCCUCCAGGACGCCGGGCCGCGCCGCGACACCAUGGCCGACGGCGCCUGGGACUCACCCGCGCUGCUCCUGGAGCUGGAGGACGCGGUGCGCGCGCUGCGGGACCGCAUCGAGCGCAUCGAGCAGGAGCUCCCGGCCCGCGGGAACCUCUCCUCGGCACCAGCCCCGGCUGCGCCCACCGCCCUGCACUCCAAGAUGGACGAGCUAGAAGGCCAGCUGCUCUCGAAGGUGCUGGCCCUGGAGAAGGAGCGUGCUGCCCUCAGUCACGGCAGCCACCAGCAGCGACAGGAAGUGGAGAAGGAGCUGAAUGCCCUGCAGGGUCGCGUGGCAGAGCUGGAACACGGGUCCUCGGCCUACAGUCCCCCAGAUGCCUUCAAGGUCAGCAUCCCCAUCCGCAACAACUACAUGUAUGCCCGCGUUCGCAAGGCGCUGCCUGAACUCUACGCCUUCACCGCCUGCAUGUGGCUGCGCUCCAGGUCGGGUGGCUCCGGCCAGGGCACCCCCUUCUCCUACUCAGUGCCCGGGCAGGCCAAUGAGAUCGUGCUGCUGGAGGCCGGCCCUGAGCCAAUGGAACUGCUGAUCAACGACAAGGUGGCCCAGCUGCCUCUGAGCCUGAAGGACAACACUUGGCACCAUAUCUGCCUUGCCUGGACGACCAGGGAUGGGCUGUGGUCUGCCUACCAGGACGGUGAGCUGCGGGGCUCUGGUGAGAACCUGGCAGCCUGGCACCCCAUCAAGCCACACGGCAUCCUUAUCCUGGGCCAAGAACAGGAUACCCUGGGGGGCCGGUUUGAUGCCACCCAGGCCUUCGUCGGUGACAUUGCACAGUUCAACCUGUGGGACCAUGUCCUGACCCCUGUCCAGGUCCUAGGCAUGGCCAACUGCACUGGGCCACUGAUGGGCAAUGUCCUCCCCUGGGAAGAUAAGCUGGUGGAGGCCUUCGGAGGGGCCAAGAAGGCCGCUUUCGACGUCUGCAAGGGGAGGGCUAAGGCAUGAGGGGCCACCUGGUUCAGGGCCCCUCCCUUGCCUGUCACUUUGGGGACCUUUGAAGGGGCAUUUUCCCUCCUCAGCCUGUCCAUGUGCUGGUCUUCCUUCCCUCCUACCACACUCCUGGCCGUACCUCCCACUUCCCAUCACAGGCACCCAUACCUCCAGAAUGCCCUGCCCUGGAUGGAUGUCUCCUCAGCCACCUGGGUGGGGACCAGUAUCUCAACUCAAUUGGUUCAACCUAGGGUAGUUGAGGCAGUUCCGCCUCCUGGCAAUGAGUUGGCGUGGUCUCUCCUCUCACACAUUCUGACCUCCCACCUCCCACCAGUCCCAGCAGACCCCACUAAUUCCAACAACAUCCCCUGAGGAGUUGUGGGUGUAUGUGGCCUUUGACCCUCUCGUUCCUUAUGCUUCAGGCCUACAUCAGGCCGUAGAAGGGAUGCCAGAGAUGUAUGAGACCAGACCCUCCUCGUCUGUCUUCCUCAGUUGCCCACAGGGCCUACAGGAUCAUUGCUCCCACUGCCCCCUCCCCCCUCUCCUCACACCAGUUUCUUUGUGUGUUGUGGUUUGGAUGUUGGUUUGAUGUCAGUUCAAGGCCCACCUCAGUUUCCAGGAUGUCCCCUUCCCAGCUCCCACCUAACAACUAGGGACCAAGACCUCAGAGGCCAAAGGGCUCUAAUCACCCCCCUGUACCCACCGGCAACGUUGCCCACCAGCAUGGUUGACCGCCCACCCCCAUGCCCAAGACGGGACCUGGGUCACUCUAGCCUAGCCUGAGAGCAUCCAAAGCAGAGGUACUGUGAUCCAGGAGACAUUUUCCUGCCAGAGCCCGGGGGCUCAGCUACCAUGUCAGUUUCUUCUGCAUGGCCCUGAAAAGGCCGGAGGAUACUGAGGGAGGGCAGAGCACCAAGUGAGAGAGAGGACCUCAUGUUUCAUAGUCAGCCCUGCUGCUGACUUCCUGUGUGGCCUUCUGUAAGAACCCACCCUUUCUGGGCCUGGCUUUCCUCCUUUGUGAGCUGAGACCAUUAGUGUUUGUUGGUCGCUUCUGAGAGUGCCACACUUGGAACAUGAUACCUGGCAGGCAGAGCAGGCGAGGACAGCCCUGAAGGCCCAGUGGCUUAGCACAGAAGGUUCUGGAACCGGAUAGCAGAUGGGAUCGGGCUAGGCAAGGGUUAGGGUCACAGCUGGCUCAAAGGUCAGGGUCAAGGACAAGGUUCACCACAGACCAGAUAGAUACACAUAAGGAUUAGCUCCCAUUGGAUCCUUCACCCUUGCUUUUCUGAGAGUGUAUCAGCUAGUGAGUCCUUACCACCUACCCCAGGAGCAUGGAAGAAUGUCAGUGCUGAGAAAGGCCGCCCGUCAUAAGCUCUUGCUUGUAGAAGAUGCGGAAGAGCAGAGAGAGGGUAAUGCACUUGUCCAGGACCAUACAGCACAAGAUGGCAGGCCCAGGGCUUCUGAAUUCCUCCUCAGUGCUCCUCCCUGUGUACCAUACUGCCUGUCCUUGAGGGUCUUUGAGCCCAACUUAUAUCUGUACAGGGAGGCACAAUGCUUUCCAACAGGGCACUAGAACAUCUUUAUGGGAUAUCCAACCUCAGAGGUGAGGGAAAGAGCCAGGACAAAUAGAUAACCGAGGAUGCAGUACCCUCCUGUUCCUCUCCUAAGUACUGGAGCAGUAGCAGGCUGGCUGAAUCAGUGGGCACUGGUGCCCCCCUUUACCCCCGCCAGCUUUUGUUCCUGUCUGUGCUCCUCAUGGCCAUUCAGCCUGGGACAUGACGCAGGAGUGGGAGGUUGCAGCCCAUGCCAGGGAAGCGUGUCCAAGACUUGCGUCUGGCCUGCAGAUCUCUGUUUCCAUUUUGAGAGCAGCUGCAUGGCUCAGCACCUCCAUCCCCAUCCCCUGAAGAUAGUUUCAGUGGCUUCACCCAGACCUGCUGAGAUCCCGGUUGCCCAGUAACAGCCAAUGACAUCAGCCCCAGUGCUGGGUCAAGUGUCUGUCGUUCAAGUUGUUGCUGGGUGACAGCUGGAUUCAGAACUUAGACCUCAGGGACUCUGAGCCUCCUCGGGCUUUUGCUAUUGUUCUAGAAGGGGUUGCUUCAGAGGAGGCCUCGGAGGAUAGAGUCUUAGGAAGGAUGUGGCAGAAACUGCCGGGUCAUUUGAGCCCACCCGACACACCAUCCUGAUCCUUUCUGCUUUGUCACGGUGGUAAUGAGAACCGACACCUCAGCCGAAUUCCCGUGCCAGGUCACCCUGGUUAAACUCCAACCACCUCCCACCCCCCAGGGGAAAGAAAUGGAGACAUUGGGGCAUGUCUCUGAGUGUGGAUCACUAGGGGAAAGGGCUGGCUCUCUAUUUCUAAAGUCCCCACCUAUUCUCCUCUGUUGUGCGAUGAAUAUUCCCUGAGCACGUGGACCCCUGUUUGGAUGCCUCUGCUGCUCCCAACAAGGCAUCUGUGACCCCGAGCUGCCCCUGGGUCUGAUGAAGAUGGAGCUGGGCUUGUUAGGCAGCCGUAGACUCUGCAACAGCAGCGUGCUCUAUCUGCACCAUCUGGUUGUCCUUACAGCGCAGCGACGAGGUAGGCCUGUUCUUAGCCUGUGAAGCAGGAGAGAAGGACAGGGUUCUGAGAGGGUAAAGUAACUGGCCCAGUGUGAAUUGGCCAACUAGUAACAGCGCGAUUUCUAUUUGGAGGCGGGUUACGCGCCCAGAGGAUGGUGCCACCUCCUUCAGAGUGCAGAAGGAGCAGAGAUGGGCUGUGGGCUCAGGAUCGGUGAAGGGUUUCUCACAUCUGCUCCGCCUCUAUCCAGGCUGCAGUUUGCAGGGCAGGAAAGGAGUGUCUCUGGAGUGGAGGCAGGAAGACAGGCGGAGGUAGCUCCUCCUCAGCUUCCUGUUCUGGACAAGGUCUAUGCCAGGUGCUCUGAGCUGAUCUCUGCCAGCUUCCCCAUCCCUGAGGCAUGAAGUGGCCUCUCCCGCAUCCCAAGGCAUCAUCUCACAACAGUUACACAUGAACAGGGACCACAGGCAGGAGCGUGAGGAUCUGUGGGAGGGAACUCAGCCCUUGGCUUACAGAUGGGGAAGCUGAGGCCUGGCCAGGGAGCUCACAUGACCCUCGAGGCCCCUCGACUGCGCUUCAUCCUCUCCGUUUCCCCCAAAACUGGGUCUCACCGACCUGUAAGUCCCAGCACCUUUGGCCGGAGGAAACUGGGGAAGUGUCUCCUCCCAGAUAAGGGCCUCCUCUCCUCACCCCUUAAUUCCAGCUGCCUGCCACCCCAGAUCCCACCUCUCACCCUAUCCCCUCCCUGCCCCUGCUGGGUGGGGAACCGGCUCCUUCCCAGACUGAGCAGCCAGCGUGAGCAUGUGAAGUCAUCGUCGUCGUCGGACACUGUGAAACGAGUGCCCUCCACUGCCCUCCUCCCUGCUCCCUCUGCUCUGUUUUGUAUAUAAGUGACAUGAGACACUCUGUGUGUGUGAGUGUGUGUGUGUGUGUGAUCUGUGUCAGGGUUUUGUUACCAUUUUUGUUUUUGUAAAUUUGAAUGUUCAAAAUAAAUGUGUGGUUUACUCGGA